AGACGGCGUGAGCCUCAAAAUGAUUGAAGAGCUGAAGGGCAUGAUUGACAACAUCUCGCAGGAGGUGGCUCUGCUGAAGGAAAAGCAGGCGCUGCAGACAGUUUGCCUGAAAGGCACCAAAAUCCACCUAAAAUGCUUCCUGGCAUUUCCGGAGACCAAGACGUACCACGAGGCCAGCGAGAACUGCAUCUCGCAGGGGGGCACGCUGAGCACCCCCCAGAACGGGGAGGAGAACGACGCCCUGUACGACUACAUGCGCAAGAGCAUCGGCACUGAGGCGGAGAUCUGGCUGGGCCUCAAUGACAUGGCGGCCGAGGGCAAGUGGGUCGACAUGACGGGCAGCCCCAUGCGCUACAAAAACUGGGAGACUGAAAUCACCACCCAGCCCGACGGCGGCAAGACGGAGAACUGCGCCGCCUUGUCCGGGAUGGCGGUGGGGAAGUGGUUCGACAAGAGGUGCAAGGAGCAGCUGCCCUACAUCUGCCAGUUCAUGAUCGUGUAACGGUGGGGG